AAAACGUGAGAUGUGUUUUUAGGUAGGCGUCGUGUCGCUCUUAUCCUCUGUUCACGCCAUUCAUAAGCCUGUAUGGCCACAAAAAAAAACGACAGAUUUAGAGAGAAAAGAGAGAGAGAGAUAUGUCAGGUUCUGUUUUCGUUCCCGGUAUGGCGAUUGGAGUUCCGACGCUUUCUCGUUCGAGCUCUGCUCACCGGAGCUUGGAACCCACGAAGAAGAUGAUAAUGACUAAUGUCAAAUUCGUGACCAUUUUUCGAAAUCCGUCAAGCUGUUCAGGGACAAAACGGUCAUUUCGCGUUACUGCUUCCAAUGACCGGUCGGAACAAGCAGAUAACGGUCAAGGAGUUCAGGAGGACUUAAACUACUUGUUGAAGAUCGGAGUUGGUUCAGUGGCAGGCGCAGCUAUAAUCAAAUACGGAAGUGUCUUGUUCCCACAGAUCACAAGACCUAAUCUCACUCUAGCCCUCUUCAUUAUCAUGGCUCCUGUUGUAAUCUCUGUUAUCCUUUUGUUCCUAUCAUCAUCAUCAUCCAAGAAACACAACUGAUUGGUAAUAAAAAAAGUGUAAAUGUAAUUCAGCUCAUUGUGAAAAGAUCGUGUCAACGAUGAGAAAGUUUCAGUAUAAUCCAGAAUUAAAAA